UUAUUCCAAUAUUAAUUAUAGUACUCGUAGGAAUUAGUACUUAUUACAUACACCCAAAAGCAGUCACUGUGGCGAAACGACCUUACAGUGAGCAAAACGCAGAGAAAGGAAGGUAAAUGUGGAGGAAAGUGUUAACCGGCGCCGGCGGUGCUCUGCAACCAUGGCGCACGAUAGCAUGUCGUCGGUUUUCUAUGCCUUCGGCCUUUUCGGCUUCCUCCGCCGUCAACUCUAUCUUGCUCCACUCCCUCAAAGAACACUAUCUCGAAGUCUCCAAAAUGACUCCGCCACCAAAAGUGAGUCCUCCUUCUCCGUUCACGGUUCUAAAAGGGUCUCUAGAUGGCAGUGGUCCUGCUUUGACACGGACUUACGGUGAUGAGGAAAUAAAUAUCUCUGUAAUGCGGUUGGCUAACAUUAUUCCCGGGGGUGGAGAUGAUGACGGUGAUGAUAUAAACCAAUUGUUCCUUCACGUGGAUGUCUCGAAGCCUGGCCAGACGGACUCUUUGCAUUUUCUGUGUGGAUUGUAUCCGGAUGCAUUGGGAAUUCACUCUGUUUCACUGAGGCCAAAGAGCCAAUCUUCAGGGUCUCUUGAGGUUCCGAAGAAAUACAUUGGCCCUGUUUAUGAAGAUCUCGAUGAUCGGGUGAGAGAUGCACUACAUGGGUACAUCGAAGAGCGAGGUGUGAAUGAGAACCUCUUUCAUUUUCUUCAAGCUUGGCUUUAUGUGAAGGAUCAUCGGAGACUUAUGCGCUGGUUCAAAACUGUCGGUUCAUUCAUUAAAGAGCGCAAGCAGGAUACAGAUGCUUAGGUUUUAAAAGAUGGCUUCUUGAGAGGAUUCCUUGUUAUAGCCAAAAUGGGAGUUUGCUCCCAAGUAUGUCCUGUAUCUACUAUAGAUUAAAUUUUGGUUCGAUGCCUUCAUUUUUCCAAGACUGCUAUAUAUGUAACGUAUCUUUUUAGUUUCACCUAUUACACUUUUAUAUAUUUUUAUUUGUGCUUUCA